CGCUAUUUGGUUGUGGCGGGAAUGUGGGCCUUUCUCUCUUACUGCUGCCGCCUUCUCGCCCUUCUUCUCCUGUCGGCAGCUGUGGGAGAGUGCGGGAAAUGGAAUCCGGCAACCAAGAUCGAUGUGGAGCACAUGUGCAACUGCCAGACGUUUUCCACCCGGAAGUGGGUGAUGGAGCGGGACGACUGGCCGGAGGGCACCGCCGGAUGGCUCCUCAGUAAGGACAAACGGGUCUGUGGCAGCGACCUCAACACAUACGCCGGGCCAUGGUGGGUGAGAGAGAAACUCAGAACCGAGAAACUGUUCCGUAUCGUAUCGUUGUGGUGCGUGUCAGCUUGGCAUUGUGCCAGGGGACGUCCAUCCGUUACCGCGGGUCGUGCCCCACCACUGACCCGAAGGCGCACAGCAUAUCAGAGAAGCGCGACUUCAGCGCGCCCAGCCACGUGGCCAUGGGAGGCCUCGACAGGGUUACCCCCGAGCACGUUAACCGGUUUAAGAAGAGCGGAUACGUCUAUGUCGGCAGAAUGAAGGCCGUACCUAUCACGUGAGCCUGGUAGACAGACAGACAGACAGACAGGGGAAGAACGCACACCCAUGCAGGUGUGUGUGUGUGUGUGUGUGGCGUAGGAAGACGGCCAUGCCCAAGCCGUAUCUUGACCACGAUCUGAUCGUCAAGAACGGCAAAACCAACGUCACCUUCCCCGCCCCCAAGGAUGACAGGCCCUACAAGUUCGUCCGCCUGCUCGCCAACGGUGACACGUUCGUCAUGAAGCACCCCCUGACCGAGCAAGAAAUCGACGCGAAGCUCGAGAAGGCCGGCAUCCUGCGCGGCACCACAGCCAACGCCAAGACGAGACGAGCAGGGAAAGGGGGCCGGUCGAUUCGUGACAACAAGGAGGAUCAGCAGAUGAGCGAGAAGCCGGGCGUCUUUGGGCCCCCACUGCAACCGAAAUGUAUGUUCUGCUGUGGGGAGGACGACCGGCAGCUGGUGGACGACACGCGGAGCUUCCCGUCGAGCGCCACGGGGUACUUUGAUGUGGGGUGCACCUGCCAGAUGAUAUCAGGUCGGUGUACGAGUAUCCCCAGACACACCUUCCAAUCCGUGUGUGUGUGAGUGUGUGUGUGUGUGUGUGUGCAGAGAAUGCAGCCAUCUCCGCUGCUCACUGCGUGACGGGCGACUUCGGCGUCAUGCAGGUGACUGACUGGACACAAACACACACACACACACACACAGGUUCAUCUGCACAUUCCCUUCGUGUCUUGCUAUGUCAGUUCGGCAAGGCUGUUAUGGGCAUGGACACAAUGCACCACCGGGAGCCCUUUGGCGAGGCCGACAUAGAGUUCGCCAUGGUCGACGUGGCCUGGUUCAACGACGCAAGCGUAGCGACCAGCGGGGUGAGCGGAUUGAUGCCGCACGACAAAUGGAUGGAGAGGCUCCUGGGUGUAUGUCAUGUGAUGUGGUGCUUGUAGGGCAUGGAUUUCUCUGUGCUGAAGCUGAAGAACUACGAGGGGCAGCAGACGGGUUUCUACGGCAUCGCUGACCCUGAAAACUGCAAGUCGGGAAGCUUCAACACCGACCUGGGUGGAUACCCUGCUGGUCAGUGUCUGUCAGCCAUUGAAUGAAAGGCACACACAGGUCCGUGCGCACAUACGUGUGUGUGUUGUGACGUGACUCAGAUAUGCAGAACUACCCCACGCAGUAUGUGCACAAGGGGUGUGCCCUCCCCGGCAACUGCAACGAGCUAUACCCAUCCACACUAUGCGACGCAUACCGUAGGGACGCCACAAACCAAACAAAUCACCGACACACUCAGCCCCGACACCGCUGCAUCUGUUCUGUGUGUGCAGCUGGCAACAGUGGCAGUGCCCAUCUGACGUCGGGUGACCAUGUGGUUCGCGGCAUCUUGUCCAGCGGGAACUGUGCAUACAACUACUCGUGCAACAUCGGCGGCAGGAACGCCAGGAGCGUCCUGUACCUCAGAUAUGAAAUCGGAGAGGGAGACGACUGACCGGCCGGCAGACAGGCAGACAGGCAGACAGGCAGGGGGGGCAGGGAAGUGGUUUGGUGUGCUUACUUGUUAGUGGGUUUGUCAGGAGUGCGCCGUACUUCUGCUCGUGCGCAUGCGCAGAAACAUCCUACCUCGACGGCCAAUCAUUCAUUUGUGCCCUCGCUAGUGUGUGUCUCGUAUUUCUCUCCAACGUAUAUGUGUGUGUGUGUGUGUGUAUAUAUGUAUUCGCUCCCACUAGCUUUUCGUAGGCGGGGCCAUUGGUGUAUUUGUUUGUGCAGUGGAUUGCGCAAGUAGCUAGCAGUUUCUCUCUCUGUAUGUGUUGCGUCUGUUCUGCAUACACCGACCUUCAUGUGUGGGAAUUUUGCUGACUCCGUGUGGAUCGACGGAUCCCAUUGAUCUAACCCCGACACGUGUCCAUGAAUGCGUCACGAAUGUCACCACGGAGGAUACAAAUCACGUCUCG